AUGUCCGCAAAGCGAGGAACUAUCCCUAUGGGCUUUCAGCUCGUAACAACCGGCGCCUUGGCCGGAGUAGGAAUCACGUCGACCUGCGAGCAGGUUUUAUACCAGAAAAUCAACUGCGAUGCACGAAUCCUUAGAGCAUGUGCCCAAUCACCCGAGCUUGCUCCGGGGUUUCCAGUUGUUGCUCUGCUGGACAAAAUUCAUACCGGCUGGAAUGAGACCUGUUUGAACGACAGGACAUCAAUGAAAUACUGUAACGACAUUAUUGAAUCGUGGCCCACGGUCGAGGAGAUCAGCGAUAUGUCGCGAGAUCAGCUUUGCUCUUACUGCUAUGGUGCUAAGCUUAAGCUCAUGCAGCAAUCACCAUACUCAGCUUAUGAUAAUUUGUAUGCGGAAAGACUCAAAUUUGUGAUAAAAAGUUGCAACCAACCGGAUUCUCCAACUAAACCUAUUGAGAACUCAAGGAAUACAACCUUGCCAGAAGCGUGCCACUCCGAUAGAAAGUACGUGACCCAGAAAGGCGAUACUUGUGACAGUAUUUCGACUGCAAAAGGGGUAUCUGCCGCAACGCUUUAUCAUAUCAACUCUGGGCUCCGACAUUGUGAUAGCCUUGAUAUUGGCAUAAACCUGUGUUUACCGCAAUCUUGCAGCUCAACUUACUCGGUGAAGCCAAAUGACAACUGCGUUGAUGUCGCUGUGAAGCAUGGUACAGGCGGUUGGAUGAAACUUGUUUCAUGGAAUCCUGGGCUUGACUCCCUGUGUACCAAUAUUGUGGGUGCAAACCCAUCCUGGGGUUCAGUCAUCUGUGUCACGCCUCCAGGGGGCGCUUACGGGGGCGUUCCUCCUAGAAAUUCAACAAAGCGAGGCAAUGAAAACGCUGGCGGGCUAGGGGGCUCCGGAGACGGAUAUUCAGACGACAUUGUUGCCGCACCAAAUGGAACUAUCGCAGAGGGCACCACAGACAAGUGUGGCAAUUACGUACAAGUCCAAGACGGGGACAGUUGUGGGAAGAUCGUGGUCCGUGGUGCAGUCCCUGUGGAUCUUUUCGUCGAUGUGAACCCAUCUUUGGAAUCUACUGCGAGCUGCAUGGCACGUCUCCAACCGGGCGUCUGGUACUGUCUCAACCCAUAUAGAUAUUGGAAUAUGACUAGACCAGUGAUCUAG